AACUUUGAUAUCUACACAUGUUGAAAUCUGCUCCAGCACUAUUGCGUGUUUCAGCCUGCAGACACGUUAGGAUGGCUUCAAAUUCUGACACUGCGAAACUGAAUGUUGUACACGACACAAAAAGCCAAGAAUUUUACAUAAAACUUAAAGAGGGUAGAGGGGAUGAGAGUAAAGCAGUGUUACAGUAUAGUUACAUAGAUCCGAAUUAUGUUGACCUUGAACAUACAGUGGUACCAGUUCAGUUUAGAGGUCAUGGUGUCGCCAAGAUACUAGCCCAGACAGCAUUCGACCACUUUGUUGACAAAGGAGCUCUUAUACGACCAACUUGUACGUACCUACAGAAAUUCUAUAACGAGAAUCCUCUACCGAAAUACCAAGAUAAAGUGAAGUGGAGCUAGUCAGACUUUAAUUUUGUUUUGUAUUUUUUACUUUCAUUAAAUUGUACUGUUUACUGA